UGAUUGUGAUGGAGGCUCGGAUGAUGGUCCCCGGAGCUGCAGCCGCUUUAAUCCGGUCGUCAUGAACCCGUUUGACAGUCCCGAUUCUCCCCGACACGAGGAGGCGGCGGGGCGCGCGGACAGCCGCGGCCCGUGGCCUCGCUUCUCCUCCUGGCUGGAGUGCGCCUGCGUCGUUACGUUCGACCUGGAGCUCGGGCAAGCCCUCGAGCUGGUUUAUCCUCAGGAUGUGAAGCUGACAGAGAAAGAGAAAACCAGCAUCUGCUACCUGUCCUUCCCUGACUCGUACUCAGGAUGCCUCGGGGACACUCAGUUCAGCUUCCGCUUCCGUCAGUCGGUCGGCCGCCGUGCAUCAAGGCACAGAGACGACCUGUACAAUCGCGACGCUCCCGUGACACUGCAGAGAGAAACGGCGCAUUUCUUCGGUUACGUCUAUUUUAGACAGGUGAAAGACGUCUCCGUGAAGAGGGGCUACUUCCAGAAGUCCCUGGUGCUGGUGUCCAGGUUGCCGUACACUCACCUGUUCCAUUCGCUGCUGCAGCUCAUCGCUCCUGAGUUCUUCGAGAAGCACGAGCCCUGCCUCGAAGCAGUUUGUAAUGAGAUUGACCAAUGGCCUUUACCUGUACCUGGACAGACCCUCAACCUGCCUGUGAUGGGCAUCAUUUUACAGGUGAGGAUUCCUUCUAAAUCAGACAAACCUGGAGGAAGUCCGAUCAGACAGACGGCUAAGGAGAACCUGCUGCCAGCGCCGACCCUGCUGCCCACCAUCCACGAGCUGGAUCUCUUUAAGUGUUUCCAGUCCAUUCUGAUCCACCUGCAGAUGCUCUGGGAACUCACCUUGCUUGGGGAGCCCCUAGUCAUCAUGGCGCCGUCUCCCACCAUUUCCUCGGAAACUGUGCUGGCUCUCAUCAGCUCCAUCAGCCCUCUGAAGUUCUGCUGCGACUUCCGACCUUAUUUCACCAUCCACGACAGCGAGUUCAGGGAGUACACCACCAGGACGCAGGCACCGCCGAAUGUCAUGCUGGGUGUCACCAACCCAUUUUUCAUUAAGACGUUCCAGAGCUGGCCUCAUAUCGUCCGGCUGGGAGAGGUCAAGAUGGCAGGUGAUUUACCAAAGCAGGUGAAGGUGAAAAAACUUUCUAAACUGAAAACCCUCGACACCAAGCCAGGAAUCUACACGGCCUACAAGACGUUUCUACACAAAGACAAGAUCCUCAUCAAGAGGCUGCUGAAGGGGAUCCAGAGAAAGCGUCCAUCAGAAGUGCAGAGCGCCAUCCUGAGGCGACACCUGUUGGAGCUCACACAGAGUUUCAUCAUCCCGCUGGAGCGCUACAUGGCGAGCCUGAUGCCCCUGCAGAGAUCCGUGACACCCUGGAAGACGCCGCCUCAGAUCCGUCCCUUCAGUCAGGAUGAGUUCCUGUCCACACUGGAUCACACAGGCCCACAGCUCACCUCUUUGCUCAGAGGUGAUUGGAUAGGACUGUACAGGAAGUUCUUCAGGUCUCCAAAUUUUGAUGGCUGGUAUCGUCAGCGCCAUCGAGAAAUGAUGCAGAAGCUGGAGAGUCUGCACCUGGAGGUCAUCUGUGAUGCGGACCUGCUGGGAUGGACAAAAGACAAGUCUGAGGUGGAGGUCGUAGAUCUGAUUCUGAAGCUCAGGGAGAAGCUGAUUAAAGCUCGGCGUCAGCAGCUGCAGGUCAGAGACGGCGUGCUGGACAAACUCGACUCUUUCAUUACCUCCAUCAUUAGCUCGCUGCCCAAUGACCUGCAGAGCGUCCUUGGCACCGGCACCUCGGCGUGACAACUUUUCUGUUCGUCAGCAGAGUUUCGAACAUCAGCAGCUUCACGCUCCACCACGACACUAACAUCAGCUCCAAACUUUAACUUUCACCCUGAAAAUGUUUUUUCCUGGAAUAUUUAAACUUUAUUAUCUGUUGGACCAUCGAGCUGCUGCUGCUGCUUCUCUGAUGUUGUAGUUUCUCUGAUGGUAGAAUCAGGCUGGCUGAACACUCACAGAAGUCGUAUUUUUCUAUUGUCUCCACACACUGAAUGUAACACUAAGAAUUACGCUCCAUUUCCUGUUUGUCUGUAAACAUUUAGUUUGAAAUUAAAGCCUGACCACUUCCUGCU